CGGGCACCUCUGAGUAAGUGGGUGCUAGCACCCAGUUUGCCAGAAAAAACCUUAAGCAGGAGUUGUUGGUGCACUUCUGCGCUUUGUUUGAAGGCUGCCUUGUUGCAAAGCAGGGCACUUCCAAAAAGCAGGCUCCUUUAAGGACGGUUGGCUUUCGCUCCUCACUUCUCGGGUAAUUCUGUUUCACGCGCACAACAAGUGCCCUUGAUGAGACAGUCUUAAUCUCCUUGGUCAAGCCUUUCUACUUUCCUAGUCUCCAACCGGUAUACACUUUACAGCGUCUGCAGUCUACAGGUGAACUUUGCAAACUUGAAAAACUAACUUGGCGCCCAAGGUUGCUCCAAAGGGGAAUGGAGACACAUACCCGUAAACAAUUUUUUAACUCUUGGAAUCAGUCCCCACCAUUCAAAUGGUUCAUGUAGUUCUUUAGCUUCGCAAAUGGGUGCCUAGGUUUGCUUGGCGUCAAACCCGACGUCCAUUAAUUUCGUGAACCCAGACCUCAUCGCGACCCUUGUGGAGAGAUUGAGGGUGGCAACGAAGUUUGGAAAAUCAGCGAAGGAGGUUGAGGACGCCGAAGGUGUGCUUCAUCAAGUUUCCACGUGUCUCAGGGCAAAAGGCAAACGAUUCCGACCUUUUAGCGCAGAAGAGUGUCGAAGUCGUGCAUCAACGAAUACAUUGAACGUGCCUCAAUUGCACAACUUUCGUUCUUGCGCUCAAUACAAAAAAACAUCCUUUGUCUUCCAAACAAGAAACCGAUUAUAUAUUUAACAAAAAGACUAUUCGCUGUCUUGGUUUGCUUCGUUGGCUGUCCAGGAUGGUUCCAAACCUUCGUUCUUUUCUCUGGCUCCCAGCCAGAGGGCAUUCAUUGACUUGCUGCCUGUUUGCCAGACUGGGACUUGGAUGGAAUAUGACGGCAGAACCGUUGCACAUGUCGCAGCAGAGAAGGCCUUUUCAUCAGCGUUGACGCAGGUCCUCAAAGCAAAGUAUGCCAGCGUGAUCAGACCCUCUGUGAAUGCUACAUACAUGGGGCUCCUUAUCAUGGACCACCGUGAUAUUGCAGUGAGAUUUGAGGGACGAUCUGCUUUGCAUGAUGCGUGUACUUUUCGCUGUCCCGGCUGUGUGGAGCCGCUUCUUCGAUUUCACGCCCAAAUGGAUGCUGAAAUGAACUUGACAAUAUUUCCCAAGGAUUGGGAUAUAGUGAACCAUCCUUGGAUGUUGAGAUUCCUAGGAAGUUACAACGGCACACGGUGUCAAGAUUACAAAGCCAUGUGGCUCGUCCAGCCGCUUCAUCUUGCUGCCACACACAACUGCAGCGGCUGCUUAAAGGCUUUGGUGGCUGUGGCCGGAAAGGCUCAGCUCGACUCGACGAUGAAUCUGGGAACUCUGGAAACAUGUUUCGCGAAAGACACUUCCCCUCCAACUGCGAAGCAUUCUGGUUCGCAGACUGGAAACCGUUAUUCCGGUUAUUCCAUUGUACACUCCUACAAGAACGACGACUCCUGUCAGUUUCGCGCAUUGGACUUGGCGGUGCUCUUUGACUGUCGUCCAUGCGUUGAGAUCUUGCGCAACGCUGGGGCAAGCUCAUCAGACAUCAUGCUGGACCAGAAUACAUCUCACGAGUAUUUUCCGGCGUUGAAACUCCUUCCAAAAGAUUUGACUGUGAGGAGGUGCCGCUAUCUAAAUAUGCAAAGCAAGUCCUCUGCUCGAGCGAUGCUCCAAUGGGUGUAGCAUGGUGUAUUACUCUUGCAGUUGUUGGCCAGAAGCGAAAACGAGAGAGAGAGAGAGAGAGAGCGAGCGAGAGAGAGCGAGAGAGAGGGAGUGUGUGUGUGAGAGAGAGAGCGAGCG